GGAAGACAUGAGCAUCAGCAGCAUCAGUAGUUGGUUCUGCGUGAAAGGCUCCCGUAUAACAGUGAAUUGGUCUGGGGAACUUUCGAAGAGUACUACCUCUCAGCAAUCUCUGUCUUUUGCCGGCUCAUUACAAACACCAACUCUAGGAUGCGGCGCGGUAUUACGGCGUCUCGCUCCAGGAAGUGGGAAGAGUCCAGCUCCCGGGAACAAAACAGGUGUUGCAUCUCCACCAGGCAGUGUUUAUUUACCAUUACCUGCAUAAGCUUCUGGUUGAGGGAUGAACAGUUACACCUCUUCUGAAUCAAUGAAGACAUAUCCUCGGUUACCUGAGAUAUUUGAUAACCAUAUAAAUGGCGGUAAUCGCCACCCACCGGCCAGCUGCGCCUGAUAUGCGCUUAUGAGCUCCUGAGACAGAUGUUCGGUCAGGAAUUCAACCGGUAUCCCGUGGCGAGAGUCCCCUGGGACCGAUGCGACUCCGACGAGGUCCGGCGCGAGGGCCUGUUCUACUCGCAGUUGGCAAUGUUCCUCAUGGAAACCCCUAGAUACGCCGAGCGUAUCACCAGGGAAAACAUGGAAGGAAUUGCUCGGUGCUGGGAGCCGGGCAUACCCGUAGUCAAACAGAUGAUCAUUGACCCCAGUGCGAACGCGCGGCAGGGCGGCGUAAUAUUACGCAAUUACUGCGAUUACGAGCGGUCGUCGACAGGGGACGGAACGGGGGCUCACUUUGCCAGAGUUAUUUCGACAAAAUUAUCCAUCUUUAGCAAAUACAAAGAGAGGCUCUAGCAGUCGCAACAGCAAUAUAUGUUGGGAAAUGCCUUCAGCUGCAGCACUUUGUG